AUGGUAGCCAAUCCAUCCGAGGAAAAGCCCGCCGCUGGAACCAACAUCUGCGUUGGUGGAUAUGACGGCAGCGUGGCUGGUCUCACGCUGCGCCCCGACGCCGAGGACCUUCUGUCUCUCCAGGCGACCUUCGCCUACGCCUCGCACAUCACCGCCGUGCGCAGCGCCGCCUUAUCGGGCUCCACUCUCGUCACGGGCAGCGCAGACGAGACCGUCCGCAUCUAUGACCUGGCCCGCCGCGUCGAGCGCGGCUCGCUCUUCGAGCACUCCGGCACCGUGAACGCGCUCGUUUUCUUCCGCGAUGGGCCACGCCGCCUGCUCAUGUCGGCCGGUGACGACGCGCUCAUGUGCGUCUGGCGCACUUCCGAUUGGAAGUGUCUCAAGAGGAUGCAUGGUCACCAGGCGCCCGUGCUCGACGUCGCUGUCCACCCCAGUGCGAGAGUCGCCCUGUCCGUCGCGAAGGAUCGCUCCCUCUUCAUGUGGAACAUGGUCAAAGGGAAAAUCGCCUUCUCUGCCAAGACCAAGGAAACUCCAGCCACCACAGUCGAGUGGGCCCCGGGCGGGGAGAGGUACAUGCUCGUGGCCGGGAAGAGUGUCAAGUUGUCUAACGUCGAGGGGAAGGAUGUGGAGACGUUUGUACAUGAACGUCCGGUCCUGGCAGCUGCGUUUGUGAAGGAGGGCGUGUUGGCGACAGGUGGGGAGGACAAAAUCGUUAGGGUGUGGGAUCAGAGGACGGGGGGAUGUGUUAUUGCGUGCAAACAUGAGAAGAGGGUCAGAGGGGUUGCGUGCGUUGAUGGCUUGGUGGUAGCCGCGGAUUCGGGAGGAGGGGUUAAAAUUUGGGAUGCGCGGAUGGGAGGGAGCGCGAGGUUGGAGACUUGCCUGGGUGGCGGGGAUAUGAGGCUUACUUGUUUGGCGGCAGCGAAGGAGGUAGAAGAGGUGGAGAAGGUGCCGAAGACGGAAGAAGAAGAGGAAGGGGAGACGAAAGACGAGGGAAGGCAAGAGAAAGGCAAGGGUGCUCGGCGGAAGCGCAGGGAGGAGCGACCGGCUCCGCUUGAGGGCACUGCGUCGCAACGAAAGCGCAAAAAGCGGAAGGAGCAGAAGGCCUCUUGA